AUGCCGUCCACCCCUCGCGUCUUCCUCGACGCCGAGACGCGCCAACGCUUACACGACGUCCUGAAAACCCCCGAUUCCGGCAGAGCGUCCGCGAAACCCGACGCCGCGCUCCUUCUGACGGAAUUCCUCGAGGACACGGUGAUCAGGUGUUUGACGCCCGAAAACCGUCGUUUUCUCCGUGAAGCGAAGGUCGGUCGCGCCUCGAUCGCGUCCGCGCUGGAUGAGUACGGAUUAUCCAUCGACCCGCCGGUUCAAGGGCUCGGAUCGGCGACGUACGACGCGAUCGCGGAUGAAUUACUGAGCAGGGCGGUGGCGCUGACGGCGCUCGACGAGCGCGAGGCCGCGAGCGGUGAUUUAUCCGGACCGAUCGACGCCAUCGAGCGCUCGAGCAAGCGAUUGAGACUGAACGAUCGGAUGACGAGCUCGGAGGUGUCGAACGCGAUCGCGAGUGGGUCAGGGCGAGCGGCGCUCGAGCGCUUGGCGACGGCGCUCGGCGUGGAAGCUUCGAGCGGCGGCGACGUCGUCGACGCGUGCGUCACGCUCGAGCGAUGCGUCGCCGCGCACGAGCGAUUUGUCGCGGGGUUUGAAUCGGCGUCGGGUCUGGAAGCGGCGAGAAAUCCGCCGAGGUUGGAGGACGUCCCGAGCGGUAUCGGGUUGGACGGCGACGCCGAGGUCGAACGCGCCGUCGCGGUCGCGCGCUUGCUCCACGUGAACGAUCUUAGACGUUUGCAGAGCGAUGUGGACGCAUUUUUAGUCUCCAUGCAGGAGUACACCGCCGACCCAAAGACGGAUUCGCGCAUGGGACGCGUCGGGCGGUGA